UUGGCAUUGUGUGAAGAUAUUUUGUAUAGAGACCAUCACCUAACACAAAAUCAAGAUAACAUAGUGAGUGAUAGAAUUGAAUGGGAAGCACUUGAUCAAUUAGAAAGUUAUCUAAUGCGAAAUAGAAAAUCACUAAAAAGCUUCCCAAAUAUGCUGUUGCCUCCAACAAGAAUGCCAAAUUCCAACUAUAGCGAAGAAGAGUUGGACCAAUUAAUACGAGAGGAGAGAUCAUAUAACAUUGAGCAAUUAGCAGACAAACUGAAGCAAAAA